AUGAGCAGGGUGGGUGUCUCAGCGAAGGCAGCGCGCACGGAGGCCCUGCGACUGUACCGAGACGUGCUGCGGGCAUGCCGCCUUUUCGACACCACCCGCAAUGAGCAGGGGCAACUCAUGAGCGACGUGCUGCGCACAAGUGCCCGGAAGGAGUUCGAGGGCGCACGCGAGGAGCGUGACCCCGAGACGGUGGCGCGCAUGAUCAUCACCGGUCGCGACUGCGUCAUGCAGAUACACGACAUGGUGGCAAAGAGGCAGCAUGAGCUCAUGACCGGAGAGAAGGAGCCACCAGCCACGCAGUGA